AUGUCCCCCAUCGCUGGUGAUUGCGAUGUGCUGGUGUUCGGAUCGUGCAUAGUGGAUUUCAUAAGCUAUGUGCCACGGUUGCCCAAGGUCGGAGAAACCCUACACGGUACCUGCUUCGCUACGGGCAAUGGUGGAAAGGGUGCUAACCAAUGUGUGGCCGCGGCACGCCUCGGCAGUCGAACUGCAAUGAUUGGCAAGCUGGGCGAUGAUCCGUGGGGUACCGCGUAUCGCACUGCCCUGGCCGGCGAAGGUGUGAACGUGGAACAGGUAGAUGUUGUCGCUGGCGAGAGCACCGGUAUCGCCCAGAUCAAUGUGGCCGAUAAUGGGGACAAUCAGAUCGUAAUAGUGACCGGCGCAAACAAACGUCUCGCACCGUCGGACGUUCUCGCCCGGCCGGUUCUGUUCGAGCGGGCACGCAUUUUAAUCUGCCAGCUGGAAACACCGAUCGAAGGGACGAUCGCCGCACUGAAAGCGUUCAAGGGCAUCUCGAUCGUCAAUGCGGCACCGGCGGAAACGAGUCUGCCCCACGCGCUGCUAUCCCUUGCGACCAUCUUCUGCGUGAACGAAACGGAAGCAGCCCUGCUAACGGACAUACCGACCAUACCCGAUGUUCAACGUGCAAAAUCGGCGGUACUCAAGCUGCGGGACAUGGGAUGCAACACGGUCAUCAUCACGCUCGGCGAGAAGGGUGCAGUGUUUGCCCAUUCCGACAGCCUCGCUGUAUAUCACGUGCAGCCGGUGAAGGUGACCAAAGUCGUCGAUACUACGGGUGCCGGUGAUGCAUUUAUCGGUGCAUUGGCUCACUUUGUUGCUAAGUAUCCGGAGGCCGAGCUGGGCAAUUGCAUUGCGGCAGCUAAUCGGGUCGCGGCAUGGUCAGUGCAAAAGCCCGGCACGCAGAGCAGCUUUCCACGGGCGGGUGACGUUGAGCUGCCGGCCGAUUUGGCCACCCUGCAAGACCAGUGGGAAUGUGUUUAA